CCUGGUUACGCGUUCAGGAAGCCAGUUCGCUCUUAGCUACAUUUGAUCGAUUUUCGUUUCAAACAUGACCAUGACGUUCCGUAUUGAUAAAUGAACGCUGAAUGUCACAGACUUACCCAUGAUAACAUAAGCGGGACGGCGAGGCGGAGGGCGCGGUGGUCCAACAGAAAGAGCGCCACGUCAUUGAUCUGCAAGGGAGGAAACCCACCUGGCGUCGAGCUCAAAACCGCCAGACAUCACUUUAAAACCGGCAGAAAGACACUCAUAGCCAUAGUUUAACUUUUACCAGCGGGACAGAGUAACUAAACUGCUCAAAAUGACGGCUUCAAACUGGGGUCUGAUCAUGAACGUGGUGAACAGCAUCGUGGGAGUCAGUGUGCUCACCAUGCCCUUCUGCUUCAAACAGUGUGGCAUCGUGCUGGGGACUCUCUUGUUGUUCUUCUGUUCAUGGAUGACUCACCAGUCCUGCAUGUUCCUGGUUCACACGGCCAGCAGCACCAAACGUAGGACGUAUGCUGGACUGGCCUUCCAUGCUUAUGGGAAGCCAGGGAAAACACUGGUGGAGACGAGUAUGAUAGGUUUGAUGUUGGGCACCUGUAUUGCCUUCUACGUUGUCAUUGCUGAUCUGGGCUCAAAUUUCUUUGCUCAGCUGUUGGGUUUACAGGUGACAGGCAGUUUCCGAGUGCUGCUGCUGAUCUCGGUGUCUCUGUUCAUUGUGCUGCCUCUGAGCCUGCAGAGGAACAUGAUGUCCUCCCUCCAGUCCUUCUCUGCCAUGGCCCUCAUCUUCUACACUCUCUUCAUGUUCACGAUGGUGCUGUCCUCGUUCAAACACGGGCUGCUCAGUGGCUGGUGGCUGGGGCGGGUCAGUGUGGUGCGCUGGGAGGGCGUGUUUCGCUGCCUCCCCAUCUGUGGGAUGGCCUUCGCCUGUCAGUCGCAGGUGCUGCCAACCUACGACAGCCUGGAUGAACCGUCAGUCAAACGCAUGAGCACCAUCUUCACCUCGUCCCUCAACGUGGUCACCACCUUCUACAUCACUGUGGGCUUCUUCGGCUAUGUCAGUUUCACGGAGGACAUCGCAGGCAACGUGCUGAUGAACUUCCCGUCCAACCUGGUGACGGAGAUGAUCCGGGUGGGCUUCAUGAUGUCAGUGGCUGUGGGAUUCCCCAUGAUGAUCCUACCUUGCCGCCAGGCCAUCAACACCAUGCUGUUCGAACAGCAGCAGAAAGAUGGGACGUUCGCUGCCGGAGGUUACAUGCCGCCUCUGCGCUUCAAGAUGAUCACCCUCUGCAUCGUAUUUGGCACCAUGCUAGGAGGCAUUCUCAUCCCCAACGUGGAAACGAUUCUGGGUCUGACUGGAGCCACCAUGGGUAGUCUGAUCUGCUUCAUAUGCCCUGCUCUCAUCUACAGAAAGAUCCAGAAGAACGGCCUCAUUGCGCAGCUGGUGCUGUGGGUGGGUCUGGGCAUCCUGUUGAUCAGCACCUUUACUACACUGUCAAUAUCGUCCAGCAGCUACACCCCCAACGUCCAAGCCCCGCCUCCGCCAGCCCCUGACAGGAGCAACCUGCCGCUGCCAGACAUCGGUGAGCUACACGAAAAAUCUGUAAUAAAGAAGGCGACGGAGAAACUUAAACCCCCCGCUGUAGAGGUGGUCCAACCUGUGGAGAGGGACCCAGCGGAACCCCCUCAGAUUAAGGGCCCAGUAGAGCUGCCUGAGAGGAAGAAGGUGGAGGAGGUGCAGCUAGACCGCCCUGACGCUGGUGUCGCUGUGCCAGAAGGGGAGGCCCAUCGACACGAACCGCCCAUCCCUCACGACGAGGUUAAGAUAGACACAAGAAAGAACAAUGCAGAGCUGGAGGAUGAUAAGAAGCAAUCUGAAGAAAAGGAAGAGCCCAAAGAAGAUGGGGGCCAAGAGUUAGUAAAUAAGAAGAAAGAAGAGACUGACGAGGAUAAACAGAAGCCUGCCGUAGCAGUGGUGAGGAAAGAGGAGGUGGAUAUGGGUGGAGGUGAAGUCGAGUCGAAUGAGAUACUGGAAAAGCCGGUGCCAGGCAAAAAGCAGGAGGCUCCUUCACGAAAAGAAGAGGAAAAAGUGGAUCCUGUGAAAGAUCCUGGCAGAGCACCUGUGGUGGCUGAUCAGGCUGCAGUGGAUCAUGUGGGCAAAGGUCCAGAGGCUGCAGCCAAGCCUCCACCUCCUGAAGGAGAACAUCGUCCUGCUGCAGAUGGGGCUCCAGCUGCAGACAGCAAAGAUACAGGAGAUGACAAGAUGGAGGAGGGCCAGCUGGACCAUGCGGUGCUGCUGCAGGUGAUCAAGGAGCAGCACGAGCAACAGAAAAGACUUCUGGACCAGCAGGAGAAACUACUGGCUGUCAUAGAAGAGCAACACAAGGAGAUCCACCAGAAACAGCCUGCCGGGGGUGCUCCUGAAGGUGAGGGAGAGAAAGGCAUCCAGGAACACAUUGAGGUGAUGGAGGGUGGAGCACUGAAACCCAAAGACCCCGCUGUGGCUUCAGACCCCAAGCAGCCCAUGGCCCAAGCUGGAGCUCCACAGGCCGGAGGAGCUGAGCCUCAUGUGCCCAAAAAUCAAGCUCAGGCUGGGGGUAAGAGUGGUGAGGCAGAGGCCCUUAAUGUAGCAGCUCCGCUGGCAAACAAGGAGGAUAAGCACAUUAACCCGGUUGCAGUGGCAGGGGGAGCAGUGGUAGCUGGAGUAGUAGUAGCUGGAGUAGAGUCCCAUAAAGAGAGAGAGCUGGGUGCGAGGGGAGUACCACUGCGGCCAAGAAGACCUGAUGACGGUCAGGCCAUACCUCAAAAUGAGCAGGUAGCACUGCCUAAAGAUGAGGAGGAAAACCUAGAUAAACAGAAGGAAUCAGUGGAGAAAGAGAAAGCAGAUAAGGAAAGGAUAGAGAAAGAAGUCCAGGCAAGAUUGGAGAAAGAGCGGUUAGAUAGGCUUGAGAAGGAGCGGAUAGAGAAAGAAGUCCAGGCAAGAUUGGAGAAAGAGCGGUUAGAUAGGCUCGCAAAGGAGCGGAUAGAGAAAGAAGUCCAGGCAAGAUUGGAGAAAGAGCGGUUAGAUAGGCUCGAGAAGGAGCGGAUAGAGAAAGAAGUGCAAGCUAGAGUGGAGAAAGAGCGUAUGGAAAGGGAGAGAAGGGAGAACCUGGCCAGAGAAGAGGAGCUGAAGAAAGAGAGAGCAGAAAAAGAGAAACUACCACAGGACAGGGCAGCCAAUGAGAUAGCUGAGAAUGAGAGAGCAGCUGAGAAAGUCCAGCAGGAGCUGGAGAGAUUAGACAACGAAAUAAUGGAGAGAGUGAAGAAAGAGAAGGAGCUGGAGGAGACAAGGGAGAAACUGGCCCAGCUGGAGCAAGCCAUAGAGGCCAAAAACGCUGCGGACCACGCACACGGGGCUGGGAAAGAAGACGGCGAGGCUUUGAAGAAAGGAGGACGAGACCUCAAAGAAGAUGCCGCUGCUAAGGCUGACCCUAGAGAAGAUGUGGAAGAUGGGGCCAUCAAAGCCAAGGCCCAGCCUCAGGGGUCCCAAGAGAAGGCCAGGGACCAGGGAGACACAGAUCUGAGGCGGAGGCGAAGGGCAUUGGGACCAGGAGAGGUCAGGGUGUCCAGGGGGAUGGCUGGGCUGGAGCCCUUGCUGGAGCUGGGGGGCUCAGACUUGCACGCAGCCCUGGAGGGGCAGUUACUGGCGGGGGCAAUGGUGCACUCACGGCAGAUUAAACAAGCCUCCAAGGCUGAGGAAGAGGAGUAGCACGUUCAUCAUACACACAAUUUGCUCAGUGGGCCAGCAAAUCCUACACAAGCUCUAAACACACACUCGCCACAUACUGUAUCCGGAGAAACUCCUACUAGUGUGGACCAGAAUCGUUCACCUUACUGUUACAUUUGCCUUCUGAAAUGUAUGGACAAACAGGAGCAUUUUUAGGUCUUAUUCACACUGUCAUAUUCAAGGACUGACUGAGUAAGACAUGAAAUGUCUACAGGGAAUAGAAUUUAAUAUUCAGUGUCUCCAUGUCAUGCUGUUGCUGUUGCUAAAAAACCAAAAGCUGUUUUACUGAGUGCUCAUGUUCCUUCAGUGGUUUGGGAGGAUUGUAAUAGUUUUUGUUUAAAUAUUGUGUAUCAUGCUGGAAAUAAUCCAAAGUCUUUAUUGAAGAGCUAUUUUAUGUAAAUAUUAACUUAUUUUUAUCUUCUCGUGUGAAUGUUUAGGACAAAUGUAUAUAAAUCUAUGCAAAGACCAUACUGUUUUGAGAGAACAAAUGUCCAGUGGUUGUAUUUGAGUCCAUUUAAUUCCUUUGUUUCUCUCCACUGAUGAUGAAUCUGUCUUUAUGUUGAUUUAUGUGUUCUUUUUGUACCUUUACUAGUUGAAUUUUGUUCAUUCCUGGUUAAGUUGUAUCUGAUUGUUACUUUGACAUGUAAAUACUGUAAAUUUCUCUGAAAUGUUAAUUAAUGAGCAGUCGCUCUUUACAUUUCUUUGAAUUUACCUUUGAAUUUAUCCUUCAAAUGAUUUUUUUUUUUUUUUUUUUUUUAAAGGAAUUCCAACCCUGCCAAGGCUGUGAGUUACUGUUGUGUAAUCUUGUAAACUGUGGGCUCUGAUGCAGCUUGAUCCGGAUCUGGAUCCACUAUCCAAGUUAUUCAUUUUCGCAUUUCAGUAUUUCUUUAAUUUGUCAGUGCCUUUCAGUCCAUAUGCUGCAGAAGCUAUGUUUUACGAAAAGGAAAUGUAGCUUGUGACCCUUUUUGCUUACAAUGUGCCUAUCUUAAUUUCCUUGGAAACAACUCAGCAACUGGUCAGAAAAAAGUAAACCGUUAGGAUGAAUUAUGGAGUGAAUUAUUGAUUAUGUUUGUAGUGUUUCUUACCAACCAAGCUUUUUUGAAAACUUUGUUUUCAUCUCCUAUCAGUUAGCACUUCAACAAAUAUCUGGUCUUUGCUUUGUACAAAAUGCUAUUUUUCUGAUAGAUUUUCUAAGUGCAUUGUAUUUUUGAACAUGAAAUAAAGAUGAAAAAAUGGUGAAAUAAAGCAUUGAC